AAUAAACGAGUCACGUGAUACUUAGGCGUUGGUCAAAGAUAGACCGACAACUUUUGCACAACUAUAACCGAAAGACAUUAUUACUUCAGAUGUUGAAAGUCUGAAGGAAGUCCAAUGCAGUGUUCGCCAUUAUUUUUGAAGCAGAAUCGACUUUUUUGAAAGCCUAUUUUUGGGCAAUACGGCGACGCUGCUGAACUCUCGUAGGUUUUAAUUAGGUUAAGUUUCGUUUUUUAUUAAAAACAGAAGUAAAUCGCGCGUCUUAGGCGGUGAAAUCGUUGCAAAUGUGCAUAUUUUAGUUUGGAAUUUUUUUUUGAAAUAUUGGCGGGGAGCGUGACAUUUCAACUUUUGGGGCGAGAAGAUGGCAGUGUUGGUGAAUGGCUUGAGGCUCCAGCUUAGGGCUGUGGUUGGCAGGACUUUACUGAAUAACACGGUUCCGCAAUGGAGGACCCAGCAACCGAGUCAUCGACCCUUCAGCACCGCGGCAGACCAGGCUACCUUCGAUAUGAUAUCACGCUACAAGGAAAGGCCGUGGGAGUACCUGGAGAGUGAAGAGUACUUGGAGCGAUAUGGCAACCGGCCAGUGUGGGCUAACUAUCGGAGGAACCACAAAGGUCUAAUCCCACCGCAGAAGACCAGGAAAACCUGCAUAAGGGGUGACAAGAUCAGUGGCAAUCCCUGCCCCAUAUGUCGAGACCAAAAGAUUCAGGUCGACUACAGGAACGUGAAGCUCCUGGAGCAGUUCAUUUGUCCCCACUCCGGUGAAACCUACCAUUCCACCAGAACCGGAGUGUGCAUGAAACAGUACAAGAAAUUGAGCAAAGCAAUCCAGGAUGCAAAGGAUCACGGGUUGCUCAGGUUCCAAGUGCCCCAUGUUGAGAUACGACUGGAAGACUACUGUGGUUCCCAUGGUGCAGUGGGUAAAACACCACCCCCACCGCGGCAGGAGGGACCGUGGUACAGCUGGUAUGAGUGGCAGGCACCACCCGAGAAGGACGUUGCUCGGAUUCGGCAGAUGUACAAACCUUUCCUGAAGGAUGAUAUCAUUUGAAAUUCCACAGAGAACAU